AUGGACCUCCUGCGCCUCUACGUUGAAUUUUUCCUGCUGUGCGUCCAGCCAACGGUGCCGUGCCGCACCCGCACGGCAGCGGUAGUGGCGGGUGCUGGCUGCAACGGCAGCGGCACGGCAGCGAAGCCGGUGGCGGUUGAUGUGGCAACCCAAUUGACGACGCUGACCUUCAUCAGUGUCCCCCACUGCGUGCGCCCCUUCUUCGAGGGCGUGGCAUUACUACGCAGUGACAACGAGGCAGCGCCGGCGGUGGCUGACAAGGCGGCUGGCAAGGUGGCGGGGCGCAAGCGGCAUCGCGGCAGUAUCGAGCGCAACGGGACAAAGUCGGCGGCUGCCGACCACCCCGUCGUCGAGGGUGGCGAGGACAGUGACUUCCCCUACCAGUCGAGCGUCAUGCUUCAGCGGCUGCGUGAGUACGGUGAGGUUCAGGUGCCUGGGUUUGAGUCCGACUCCGCUUACCUUGCCGCAAAGGACGUACUGGUGUACCUCAGACACUACACCUACCUCGUCUCUGGCAUGACCCUGAGCGCCGCAGUCCUCCGCAACAUCGAGCUUGUGGGCCUCGACUUCCGCCAACAGUGCGUGCCGUGCAUGGCCGCCGUCACCCAACUCGCCAGUCACCUCAUCGAUGCGCAGCUUCACAAGAUGCAGCUACGACCACGCGUGGUGCGGCUCAGCGAACGGCUGUGCCUGUCCGCAAAGGCUGCCCGCACGUUCGAAUACCUGCUGGUGUGCCACUGCGGCCGCUAUGCGCCCGGCAACAUCGCCGAGCCGCUGCGGCCGGCGAACAUCGCCUACCACAACGACCUCACCCCACAGGAGCUGCUGUCCAUUCUCUCAGAGAGUGGUGUGCUGUGGAAGCAGGGGCUCAUCUUUUCCGACAUCAAGAUGCGCACCACCUUCAUGGAGUGCAAGUACGCCCUGCCCAUGGAAACGAUUGCGGCCCUGAGUGGAGAUCAGCUGUCGGAGGAGCAACUCAUAAAGCUGGAGCGCACCGCGCUACUGGAGGUCCUCAACGAAGAACGGAACGCCAAGACGACGAGCACCGCGGCUGCCACGCCGGCUCCGCAAGCAGAGGCGCACGUCGGUGGCAGUCGCUCUGUAUCGCCAUCGCCAAAGCGUGGUGACGAGGAGAGCGAUGUGGACGAUGAGGAGGCGCUCGACAGUGUGCUGGCGGACAUCGACCCGGCUGUGCUGGCUUCGAAAGACCAGGACGCGAUUUACGAGGCCGUCUCGCACCGCCUCAGCAAUACACUCGCCCGCAGAACUGCCACGUCAUCCAGUGCUCGUGCUGUGGCAGCAGCACCAGCCGCGAAGAACUCCGCAGCGACAGAGACAGAGGAGGCGGUAAAGGACGGCAAAAGAAGCAGAGAAGAGUCGGCGAUGGUAACACCGUCUACAGCCCCGCCGACGGCACCGCCAUCACGCGCGACGGAUACAACACCACGGCCGGAGGACGGCGAGGAGGCGGCGACGGCGACGUCUGCCCCGCGCAAGACGCGACUGGUUCUCGCCGACAUCAAUCCGCUCGCCCAGCGUUAUCGUUGCACCGGCACUGGCGCGGGUGCAGCGGCGGCGUCCUCCUCGCCAUCUGCCACGUCGCACACAGACUCGUCCAUGCGGGGGGUGCCCUACGAGUCCGACAUCGAGUACAUGGACGCUGCCUUUCGCAUCCUCGCGAACAUGAUUCGUAUCCGCUACGCGGAGGGCGACAUGAAGGACGAGGAGGACUCCUACACCCCCAAGUCCAAGGUGGAGGCGUCGAUACGCGAGCUGAAGGGCAAAGUACGCGUCGCGGCAGCGGUGCACGAGUCACGGCUGCAAGCCACUCUCAGUGCCCGCACCUUCACCCCGCGCAUCGAGCAGCUCGCUCAGCGGCUGCAGCUGACGGAGAUGGAGAAGCAGAUUAUGCUGUUCAUGGUUGGCAACGUCAUUUCGCACGACAUGCUGGUGGCGGUGAAUGGCCGCUACGUUAUGCGGGACGGGCAGCGGCUCAUCACGGUGGGGUACAUGCUCUUCGUCCUGUGCGAGUCGCUGGAGGAGCGGGUGGUGGCGCGUCGCGCCUUCUACCAGUCCUCUCCGCUCGUGUCCAACGGCGUCUUGUCCCUCACACUCGAUGCCGUCGGCCGCUCCUGCUUCAACACGGACCUCAUGGACUAUCUCGUCGACAUCGAUCGGAAGAUUGUGGACGAUGUCAUGGGCAUCACAGCCGAGACGGCGGAGAUGGUGCCCGGGUCGCAGCUGUACUUCCCCAAGGUGGAGCUGGCGAACGUGGUACUGCCCACCUCCACGAUGGAACGCGUCCUGUCCACCAUUGAACACUACAGCCUCUUCGAGCAGUGCAAGAAGAGCAGCGGCUUCGGCGACGGCCUCGGCACCAGCAAAGGCGGUCUCGUCAUGCUCUUCCACGGCCCGAGUGGCACCGGCAAGACGAUGCUCGCCAACGCCGUCGCGCACCACCUCAAGAAGAGGAUACUCCUCGUCAGCGUGUCGCAGUUUCGCUCCUCGACGAAGGCCGAGGCCGAUGCGCUCCGCUUCCUCUUUCGCGAGGCGAAGCUGAGCGACGCCAUCUUGUUCUUCGACGAGUGCGAGUCGCUCUUCGAGGACCGCACGAGCAACGGCACCGUGACGGCGCUCCUGUCCGAGUUUGAGCGGUACGACGGCCUCAUCAUCCUCGCCACCAACCGCGCGCAGAACUUCGAUGAGGCGAUGAACCGGCGCAUCUCGCUCAUGAUGGAGUUCCGUCCGCCGGACCAUCAGCUGCGGCUGCGCAUUUGGAGAUCACACAUCCCGAAGCAGCUGUCCAUGAGCGAGGACGUGUGCCUCGAGAAGCUAGCGCUGAACUACGAGCUCUCCGGCGGCCUCAUCCGCAACGCCGUCCUCGCCGCCUUGAGCAGGGCGGUGGCGCGCGAGAAGUCCGCUACACCGAAGCUAACAAUGCGCGACCUCGACGAAGGCGCUCGGCUGCAGCUGCGCGGCUUUUUUCUCGCCGCGGAAUUGCCGGAGGGGAUGAGCGAGUUCUACCUGGCCCCGAAGCGCACGCUUGCCGAGCUGGUGGUGGAGCCGAAUCUCGCCAAGAAGCUGGAGGGGAUCGCCAGCAGCGCCAAGAGCCGCAGCACCUUGUAUACCGAGUGGGGCUUCAGCGAGGACGCCAACGACGACUGCGGGGCGCUGUACCUGUUCCAGGGCGUGAGCGGCACGGGUAAGUCGCUGGCCGCGGAGGGCAUCGCCUACGAGUGCGGCGCCACCAUCCGUCUCUGCAACGUGGCGGAGCUCCUGCUCCGGGAGGAAAUGCGGGUGCACGUUGUGUUCGAGGAAGGUCGCCGCCUUGGCGCCAUCAUUGUCUUCGACGAGGCGCAGGUCCUCUUCAACGAAUCCCCAAAGAGCUUACAGCUCUCACAGCUCAUCCAGUACCACGCCCGUCGGUAUCCGAGGCCCGUCAUCGUCAUCGCAACGACGGUGCACCGCGACGGCAGCGGUGGACGCCACCUUUUCUCCACCACGAACAUCAACUCACGCUCAUCAUGCAUGCUGUUCCAGGCGGAGCUGACCUUUGCGCUGCCUUGUCGGCCCCUACGCGAGCAGCUGUGGCGAAAAGCUUUCCCGGAACGCGUCCCAACGUCCAGCGACGUCGACUACGGUCGCCUCAGCGCCACGAGUAUCUCACCCAAGCUGAUCCGAACAAUAGCCUUCAAUGUCUGCUGCACCGCGGCGCUGUUGCCAGUUUCGGAGCGGGUCGUGACGAUGGCCAUGAUCGAGGCAGAGAUGGACAGGACGGUGACGCGGGAGCGCACCGCCGUCUCGGCGAGCGCGAUGUUUGCGUAG